AUGCACUCCAGAAUUCCACUCUCGAUCGUCUUCUCUGGAGAGGGGAGGCGACACGCCAUUCCACACCGCACCUUUUGCGUAGCGGCUCAAUCAGAAGACGGAAGCGCUGGUGUGAGUGCCGACACCGACAUCGCGGAGGAAGGCGUCGCAUUCUUCCGGUACUUAGACUCCAAUGACACACGUAUGCCGUCACAUCCGCACCUUAGGGCCUACGCUCAUUCGGCGGAGGAGUACGAGACGUAUGUCGGUGAGGAGGUGUGGGACGAUGCUGAUGGGGCACCCACGAGCGCAUCGAGGCAGCCACCUGAGCGCGAUACUGGGAAGGUCCAGAGCGGAAGCGGCUCUUGCUACGCUACAUUGGAUACUGUCGCACCGGUGCCGAGCUUCCGCAGCGUGGUGGAAUGGGUGAGUGGCGUUUUCGAAGAGGACUGGACCUCCGAUGGCGUUGUGUUGUGUGGUCGCUAUGUUGUGGCGGACGACGGUGCGUGGGCGGUGCCCUCUCGCUCCCCCACGCUUUACACUACACGCGAGGUGUUCUUGCUGAUGCGCAAUUCGAGCAAGUUCCUCCAUGACGUGCACACACAGGUGGUAGAUCUGAAGGCUGUGGCAAAGAGAGGUGCACACAGCGGCUCUUUGACCCUCGAGUUCACGCUUGCCAAGUCUCUUGCUGGAUCUGGAGCGAGUGAGAUGCGGGCCAUUCUUCCGUACCCGUUGUACUUCAGCCCGCAGACGCGCACCUGGGUGGUGAGGGACACCGCCGCAUCCUUGUCCUUCACCGGAAUCGGCCAGCGUAUGACUGACGUGUGCUUUCCUUCGCUGAUGGCGUGGACGGAGGCGGAGCAUGAUAAUAAUUUUCGCUUCAUGCAGCGACGAAUUGAGCAGGCUGCGCUGCUGGAGCGUACCUGUGCCACAGACCCGGGAUUUAUCUCCCGCCUCGUGAGCGCCUUCGAUAAGGAAAAGCAUCUGGCGUACGCAUCUGAUGGUGCUGCGGGGCAGCAGCAUCCCUAUCCGCGCCUGGCGCUUCUUCUCACGGUGGACUUGCUUUUUGAGAGCUCCUCGCUUCCGAUUUACCUGUUGAGCUCGAAGGCGCGUGUGUUCGAGGUGGCUUCUCGCACCUCGGUGACAUGGGGAGCAAUUAACGACGCCUCACAGUGGCAUCUGUGGACUCCACUACUCGUCGAUGCGGACACCAGCGGGGCAGACGGUGCUUUGGAUGCCUCUGCCGCUGCUCCCACUGUUAAGGCGGCGUGUGGAUGCGACGAUGGCAUCCACGCUGCACCUUUGGGAGAGGACGAAGAGUCAGACGAGACAGAGGAGGAAGAAGAGGACGCGGCCACUCGUUCUCUCAACUUUUUCCGCAUGUUCAGAGGUAUUGGGCACUGGAAUCAGUACGUCAGUUCAAUGGUAGCGCGUCUCCAGCAAAGCCGCAGCGAUGCCCUGGGCCUCGAUGACUCGAACAAGCCCUCUCGCGAUGUUCAGCAUUACUGUGUGAUUGCAUCCGAAAGCGCGGACUUGGUCAACUGCGCGGAUACGCUGACAAAGCGUGGACUUCCGCUGGAGCUAAUGCACCCAGAGUUGCUGCAAUUGAGCGGAGAAGCAGCUGCUUUUAUGAAAAUGCUAAGUGAUGGCUUGCUCAAACAAUCCGGCAGGGACAACUGA